AUGCAUGUUGUAAACAUAAAAUGUCAUGAGCCGUCGAAGGUCACAGAACUUCAGCAUAGUGGUUCGAUAGAUCUGUGCUGGGCCGCCCACACGAAAAUAUGUCGUAUGCCUUCAUGGAGGCGUAGACCAGGGUCUCGACUUGCUGUCGUAAAGGGCGGCAGAGUUGCUACCACAUCGGCUGGUGAUGUCGAUUACGAUUUCUGA